AGGAAUGUCAUUGUACGUGACGGUAGAACCAACGGAAGAUGUACUACAAGCCAACAAAAACCUGACAGGGUACUUAAUAGAUACUGCAGGAUAUCGAUUGGAAAGUUUCGAAUUACAGCAAGGACAAGAAUAUUACAAUAAUUCGUAUUAUGGUUCAGUUCAAAUGAAACACGAUGCAUUUAAAAUACUGUAUGUUGGAUACAGUAAAAAUGGGCAAACAAUCCAGCGUGUGCAACCUCGAGUGAUUAGACCACAAGAAUUUGAAGUUGAACUAUCCGUACUGAACAACAGUUUGAGUGUAACACCAAACAAAAUGACGUCAAUUAUUGUAGUUUUGAUAAAUCACGGCUCGAAUAACACUUUUUCAAUUCUGGUGUCGGAUUAUAAAUCAUUUGUCGUUUCGUAUUCACCUGAGAUUGUUACUGUGGGAAAAAAUGAUUCAGUCAAUAUCGAAAUUAAUUUUUUCGCUCCUUCAAAUACAAGUGAUAGUACAACAACAUCAGUAUCAGUUUCGGCUUCAAUCCAGUCUGCAUCGACAGCUGACCUUACAAAUUUCCUUUUGUUUGAAGUAUCAGUUUUCUCGAAGGUAAUGUGUUCUAAUUUCUAUCGAUGUCGGUCUUUAUAUCUUUACACUUGUUUUAUUUCCAUCUUUAUUUUUAAACUUAUCUUUGUCCUUGUUCUGUCAACGUCCUGUUUUACGUCGUGGGAUUGACACACGCUUUGGUCCCCAUGUUGCCUUUGUCUUGUCCUAUAAUCUUUAUUCUUAUCAAUGUUACAUGUACCACCAUAUUUUAAUUCUUAGGAGUUUCUAUUUGUAAACGAAACUGAGGUCACGACAAAACUUAACAUAUCAAGUCUUCUUACCAACCCGGAAAGCGAGGAUAGCACACCGAGCAAUAAUGAAUCAGGUAAAAAUCAAUGUAGGGGAAAGUAAAAGAUACAUCCGAUUCAUCUUGUUGUAAUUGUUGUAAUGCGACGUUUCCCUACAGUUUAUAUAUAUAUAUAAAUGCUUUCUGCCAAUCGUACAGCUUUAGCUAAGUUAGUUUUAUAAGCCUAGGCUUGUUUACUUGAAGAAAUAAACGCUUUUGACGAGCUCUUUGGUUAUUUAUAGAACUAUACAUGACUCGACGUUGAUUACAUAACAUACGGUUAUUCGGGUCAAAUAGGGGUUACGAAAAAAAUCAAUUUUAAGUUGCCCCAAAAUUUUAUUUUGAUGAAUAGCAAGCGAAAACAUAUUUCUUUGACCUGUUUAUGAAUUUUUUGUCUGAAUCGAUGUAACAAUGGAGAUAUUCGCUGCCUAAUAUGGCAUAUAAUAAAGAGGUUCAAAAAUAAAAACCAUUAAGAAAAUCUGUAAAACAUUCACUUUUAACAGAAAUGUCUCUAAAUUUCGUCUGCUACUCAAUAAAGAACUCUAAUUUAUAAAACGAAAUCAUAUUUUGUGAAAUAUUGCCAUUAUCGUGCAAAAUAGAGCGAUUUUGGUAGUGCCGUAAAUGACCUCUAAAAACCGAAAGUGGCCUGGGAAAACCAAUUUCGACGUCUCUCUCCUUUAAUAUUUAUCGAAUCGAAAUAAAACUUUCACAGCAUUAAUACUUCAUAUAGGCCUACAUUCUGACAAAGUUUGAAAGAUUUUGAAUUUUUUCAUUUUACACGUCUUACCUGACUAUUACAGACAACCGCUCUUAAGACUAUGUAAAGGCCAUUUCUGACGUUAUAAAGACUGCACAUUUUCAAAACUUUUCGUUCGAUUUGUGACAUAACAGCAUUUGACUAUUAUUGGUCAUGAUCAUAUACAAAAGUGCAUCUUUUUACCAAUACCACUUCACUUUUGAAAUACUUCCGCGGCCUCUCAUAAUUUCAGUAAUUAUUUAGUCUUUCUUCUUAAACUGAGCAUGCAGGGUAAUUUUCCAGCCACAUUAAAAAUAAAAGAAGUGCGGUGCAUGAUUAACGCCACGAAAAUAAAACAAUAAAACACAUAAAAUUGAAACAUUUAGAGCAAACUUGCCCUAUAUUUCACAAUUUUUCAUAGAAUAUAUAAAUUCUUCUUCAAAGUUAAAUCAAGACUCAUUGUACUAUAUGAAAGCCAUGCGACCGGUUAAAACAUUUCAAAGUUGUGGCGAAACGUUUUCGACUAUUGCACUCAACAUAUGUCCGAGAGAGUCGAAUUUUGGUUCAAUAGCCAAAAAGUAAAAUUUGUUUACGGCUCAGAAUUACUUCAAUUGAAUCGGCCUGAAAAGUCCUAUUAAAUUAUUAGCAAAAUAACGAAAAAUAAUAAGACGGUCACCGGUUACCCUUUUUGGAGCCACCAAAUAAUGGUCUAACGAGGCACAAUUUAACACACAAAAAUGCCUCGACUUCCAACGCUGUGUAUUCAAACGCCCAACUCCAACAUAAUUAUAAUCUUUUCCAUCAACUGCAUGAAUUUCUAGUUUUGCAGACGACUUGAUAACGUGCUCAAAUACUGUUCUGAUAUUUUUCCUCCGUCGAGUCAUCAAAGCCGGGAAUCUCCUAAAAAUUUUGAAGCCUGUCGUCUUUAAAAUGCCACUACGUGUACACUUUUAUCGCGAGGCCAAUUUUAAAGACUUCCGACGGUCAGAAUAUCAGAAAAAAUCUGUAAAUUUGCAAGCGAUUCCUCUUUAUUUUAUCAAAUGGUCCAACUAUAGGCUCAUUUUCCUAACGUUACCUGAAAUAUUAAAUAUUUGUAAAUUAUGAUUCCGUGAAUUUUAAAAAUACCAUUCAAUUUUUUCUCUAACUAUAUUUUAUUUGCGUUAUUUCUAAGGAACUCAAUCAAAUGCAAUAUACGAUAAUUGUGUCGAAGCACAUCGGAAAGCUUGCCAAGC